UUGCAGGUGGUCGAAGCACCACAGAUGAAAGCAAAGUGGAUGUAAAUGAGACCCCAGAUGCUGCACAGGGAACUACAAAAAUGGAGAUUUCACCCAGUUCUGAGUCAAUAAAGGGUAAUCGCAAGGUUGUUAAAAAGAGCACAUUCAACUCUGGAAACACGACAAUAAAUAUUGAAAAAGUUGAAAAUCUUCUACUUGGAGAUCUGGAUAGGAAUGUGCCAGCUGUCAAAGGUGCCAGAAAAAUUUCUGGCAUGAUAGAAGAUCUAACUGCUGAAGCAACUAGUGAUGAAACAGAGAUGGAUAUUAAAGAUACAGACAUGAUCCAAAGUGAACAGACUGUUCUUGACCAAGGAGGAUGUGACUUGGCUCAUUUCAAUCAGCAACAAACAGGUAAAGUUUCAGGAGAGCCACAUGUUACUGGAGCAGGUCAGAAAGCAACACUUGGAGAAGAAUUUGCUAAAGGCAGAAAUGAACUGCUUUCACAGAUUAAAGUUAGGGAAUUAGCAGAGCACAUGGAAUCAGUUGGUGCCUUGAUUUACAAGGGGGAUGUUAUUGGGACCGUGUUCAGAGCAGGAGAUUCCUUUGUUUUCACAGCAAGACAUGUGCUUAGAAAAAUAAUUGAUAUAUACCAGAAUGGUCAGUAUGAUUACACACUGCUGGAGAGGGAAAAUGUCUGCGUAAACUUCAAUGCAUCAGUUGCAGAACCAGCAUGUGUUGUUUACAGAGUAUGUCAUGAAUUUUCAAGUAACGAUCCUAAUUUGGACUUUGCUGUUCUUCGAAUAACAAACCCAGUGCAGCUACCUAAGAAGAUGUUCCUAGAUAAGUACAGUUUUGACAGGUUACAGGCAAGAAUGCUUUCAGGCAUUGGAUAUGGACACCCUGAACAAGACAGUAAAUGCAAAAAAAGUUUAGAUCCUAAUUGUCAAAUUAUUAAUGCAAUAAUUGAUAGAAUCAGAGAAUGUAGAGCAUGGCUUGAGGAAAAUUUCAUUUAUUACCAAAAUGCAGUUCGUCAUAAUGGUAUAAAUCCUGAACUUGUUGAUAACAGCUACAUAGGUAUUGAUACCGUACACAACAUUUUCUUGGAUAUUACCAUGCAGCAUGGGGGCUCUGGGUCUCCAUUUCUUGAUAACAAUGGAAGGGUUGUAGGCAUCCUUACUCAUGGCCAUCCUGAAUUUUGUUUCAAAUUGCCAAUGUUGAUUCAACUUAAUUUCCCAAAAGAAAAAAAAUUUGAAUCAGUGUUGAGACUAGAUUAUGUCUAUAAUCACAUUGUUGAAAGAGAUCCAGAGCUUGCAGGUAAACUUUUCGGAUAUUAGAUUAUUGACCAGAUUUGUUGCAGUCUUAGGACUUAAAUAAAAGGUGACAUAAUGCUCUGACUUUGCAUCUAGAAUUGUAUAUUUUUAGCAUGAAAUUUCUGUUCUGUACUUCUGAUUGGUAAAAGCAGAUGAUAUGGCAUCCACAGUUGGUUUCUUUUAAAACCUGGAUGUCAUAAUUUUAGCCUAGUUUUAAUGAAACUUGGUCAGAAUGUUUGUCAUGAUAAAAUCUGAGCAAGUUUCAUUAUGGGUUAUCUAGAGUCAAAACCUAGGUCACUACAGAAAAACUCUAGAGAACAACAUUGUUAACCAUGCAAGGACCUAACCUUCCACAUGAACACUAUAUGAAACCUGUUCAAAAUGUAAAUCUUUUUGAAAUCUGGGCUAUUUUGAUGAGCAGGCCAUCUGGAUUUGCACACUAGAUAAAAGGUAUGUCACUAGGUCCAAUCUUUUUUCACUCUAGUGGCCAUACAUUCUACCAGAUCUAUAUAUGUCAUUGAAUCCUGCUUUAUUAAAUCCAAGACAUUGUCUUAAUGGGUUGUCUGGGGAAAAAAACAGUAGGUCGUUAGAUCAAAUCGUAAAAAAACCUUGUUAACACUCUCAGUCAUAUUUUCUGCUUGAUCUAAAUGAAAUAUGCAUUUAAACAAUGUUUGUCUUUAUGAAUCUAUGGCAGGUUAUCUGGCAAUCUUCAUGGAACUUUUCUUUUCCAUGUAGUUACCGGUAGGUACUAAACACAGUUGAGGCCUCCGUGGCUGAGUGGUUACAGUCGUUGACUGAAUCACUUGCCCCCCAUGAUGUAGGUCCAAGCCUCACUCUGGGCGUUGAGUUCUUCAUGUGAGGAAGCCAUCUAGCUGGCUUACAGAAGAUCGGUGCCCGCUCAUGAUGAAAUGAUGCAUGGAGGGGCACCUGGGGGUCUUCCUCCACCAUCAAAGCUGGAAAAUCGCCAUAUGGCCUAUAAUUUUGUUGAUGCAAUGUUAAACCCAACAAAAACAAACUAAACACAAUUGUUUAAUCCCCCGCCGUGGCGGAGGGAUUAUAGGAAUGGUCUGCGUCCGUCCUUCCGUCCGUAACAAAAUCGUGUCCGGUCCAGAUCUCCUAAACCCCUUGAAGGAUUUUCAUGAAACUUGGGUCAAAUGAUCACCUCAUCAAGACGAUGUGCAGAACCAAUGAGUCAGUCAUGCCGGCUCAAGGUCAAGGUCACAACUUGGGGUCAAAGGUUUGAACCUUCCAUUUUGUGUCCGCUCUAUAUCUCCUAAACCCCUUGAAGGAUUUUCAUCAAACUUGGGUCAAACGAUCACCUUAUCAAGACGAUGUGCAGAACCCAUGAGUCAGCCAUGCCGGCUCAAGGUCAAGGUCACAACCGAAGGUCAAAGGUUUGAGCCUUCCAUUUCGUGUCCGCUCUAUAUCUCCUAAACCCCUUGAAGGAAUUUUAUAAAACUUGGGUCAAAUGAUUACCUCAUCGGAACGAUGUGCAGAAAUUAUGAGUCAACCAUGCCAGCUCAAGGUCAAGGUCACAACUAAGGGUCGAAGGUUUGAGCCUUCCAUUUGGUGUCCACUCUGUAUCUCCUUAACCCCUUGAAGGAUUUUCAUCAAACUUGGGUCAAAUGAUCACCUCAUCAAGAACUCAUGAGUCAGCCAUGUCAACUCAAGGUCAAGGUCACAACUGAAGGUCAAAGGUUUCAGCUCUGUAUCUCCUAAACCCCUUGAAGGAUUUUCAUGAAACUUUGGUCAAAUGAUCACCUCAUCAACAUGUUGUGCAGAAUUCAUGAGUCAGCCAUGUCAGUUCAAGGUCAAGGUCACAGCUAAAAUCAAAGGUUUUACCCUUUCACUAUCCAUAGCAGUGGCGGGGGAUUUAGCUGUCUUUCAGACUGCCUUGUUACCUUUUGUGAUACAAUUUGUCACGACAUAUAUUCAAGGUCAAAUAGUCUAAGGUUAGGUAAGCGACUGAACCAUCUUCUGGAGCUUCACAUACAUAUACUUGGUUAAACCUUAUUUCAUUCAUUUUCUUAUGGUAGCAUGAAUACAGUAUACCAUAAGUAAGAGUUGGACAGGAAGCUAUAUUGCCCUCUCCAUCUAAUGUAUACUUGAGAAUCAUUUAUAAGAGAUAAAUGUUUGGACCUGCACAGACUUCUUUGCUAAGUAAAUGGCCUAGGGACCUUGGUUUUAAUGAUUUGAAAAUUAAAGUUGCUUUAUGUGUUAUAAAUUGUAAGCUAUGUAGCUGAAGUGUCUUAAAUAAGAUGUUUGGCAGAAUAAAUUGUUGUACAUUAAAACUUGAUAGAAGCUGGGUCUGACCCACUACCUCUGAUCGUUUAAUAGAUCAGUAAAUUUUGACAUUAAAUUCAGUAAAUUUUCUUCAACAAUUCAUUUUCAUGCUAUUUGUCAGAACCUAUAUAAAAAAAGGUAUACAUAUUCUGGAUUGGCUGUUUUAGGUUUUAGCUAUUCUGUUAUUAAUAAUAUACUAGUUUUAUCAAAUUUAAAUUUCAAACAAGUUUUAAAUAAGUUUUAAAUAUUGAUUUAAAUGAAAAAUAGACCACAAAAAUUGUUAAACAUUAUGUCAUUCACAAACUUUAAAUAUCAUAUGAUGCCAAAGAAAUCAGUGAUUUUUAUGUGAAGAUAAUUUGCUGAUCUCUAGUGUUUAAAAUCGUUAAAAGUAGGGUAAGGAUUAAAAAAGUCUUGCCAAUUAGUUGUUGCUGAUAUAAUUUGUUAUUGAUUUAUGGUUCAUGAAUGAUUACGAAAUAAUGAUGGUGCAUGUACAUAUGUAUAUAAUCAGAGGGACAUGUAAUAUAAUCAAUCAAAGGGGGAUGACUGUAUAUAAUCAUCUCAAGGGACAUGUAUAUAAUCAAUUAAAGGGGUAUGCCUCAAGAUGUAUGUCACAAUAUCAAAUUUGUUUUUAAAGCUGGUAUAUAUAUAAAUUAAAAAAAACCAUAAAUUAAUGUAAUUUAAGUUCAUUCAGUCAAACUUUGUUUGCAUGAACUCUAACUAAUGAUAAUUCUGACAACACUCUUGAUUCCAUCUCAACUGGUUCCUGCAAAAUCCAUAUAAAGUGUAUAUUGUUUGACCCCAGAAAAUUUGAACACCGAUAAUUCAAACUCUUGAACUAGAUCAGUAUAGUGUAUUUCACACAUUUUCCCUCGAACAGACAAGAACUGUUUGCAUCAGUUGACUUGUGUCAUAAAAUUAACUUUUAUUAAUUACAUUAAUUGACAGGCGUUUAUAGGUGCAUAUUUUAUUGCAAACAUAUUGCACACAAAUAUACUUCGUAAAAAAUAAAUACCGUAAUAAUUCUAUUUAUAGCCCAUGCUCUAAUAAACGCCCAGUCCCGACUUUUUGUAAAAAAAAACAACGGCCUUUUUUAAGAAAAAAUUUUAUUGCAAACAUAUUGCACACAAAUAUACUUCAUAAAAAAUAAAUACCGUAAGUUGUUAUUUUUUUUAAUAAACACAUGUACCACUAUGGUUGCCAGAAAGUUUUAAAGAUUGUAGGUCUCGUUACAGCAUAAUAACAGUUAGAUGUAAAGACUAGUCUGAGUAAAAUUAUGCGAAGUAUUUUGUUUGUAUUGAUCAUUGCAUACAUGCUGUAUACAAAUAUUCUUUGUAAGAAAUGAAGAAGUUGUUAUCUUUAUAUAAAUAUUAUAUUUGAAACACAUGUACCAUUUUACAGUUUUGAUUUGAGGAACCAGGUGCACAUUUUUGUGUAAUGAGCCAAAAUCUCAAUGGCUCAUACUACCGAUAACUCUUCCGUACUUCAUGUUUUUAUUUCGAUGUAAAUGAGAUGUUAAACCAAAAUUUGUAGUCCUGUUUGGCGCCAUAUAACCUAUACUGUGUUGGUGCACCGUAAAACCCAAAUAAAAAGAAAACUACCGAUAACUCAAACAAAUUUUGUUUUUCCCCAGCGAGUAUUUGUGAAAAAAGUUUGACUGUAAUUCAUAUAUAUAUUUUUUAUGCCCCCGAAGGGAGGCAUAUAGUUUUUGAACCGUCUGUCGGUCUGUCAGUCUGUCGGCAAUUUUCGUGUCCGGUCCAUACCUUUGUCAUCGAUGGAUGGAUUUUCAAAUAACUUGGCGUGAUUGUGUACCACAGUAAGACGACGUGUCGCGCGCAAGACCCAGGUCCGUAGCUCAAAGGUCAAGGUCACACUUAGACGUUAAAGGUCAUUUUUCAUGAUAGUGCAUUCGUGUCCGGUACAUAUCUUUGUCAUCGAUGGAUGGAUUUUCAAAUAACUUGGCAUGAAUGUGUCAUAUUUCAUGAUAGUGCAUUGAUGGGCAUGUCCGGUCCAUAUCUUUGUCAUUCAUGCAUGGAUUUUAAAAUUAUUGGGCAUGAAUGUGUACCACAGUAAGACGACGUGUUGCGCGCAAGACCCAGGUCCGUAGGUCAAAGGUCCUAAACUCUAACAUUGGCCAUAACUAUUCAUUCAAAGUGCCAUCGGGGGCAUGUGUCAUCCUAUGGAGACAGCUCUUGUUUAUUAUUUUUUACAGAUAAAUUUCUCAUAUUUUUUAUCAAGUCGUAUUGUACACAGUGGGACUGUCACAAUAGAUAGCUUCCCUACCUAUUUUACAGACUUCGGGAGAGCAUUUAUAGAUAAAAUGUGCAAAUAUCUCAAUGAAUCUUUAUGUGUUUUACUCUUUAUUUAGAUAAUCAUUUACCAUUCUUAACAAAUGUUAUUAAACUAAGAAAAGAUAGAUCUUGAGGCCUGUCCCUUUAAUGUAGUGUAGAUCUGCUGAAGACUUAUUGCUGUGUUUUUGUGUAUUGUUUUUAUAUUGACUUUAAUUUUUUACUGUGUUUUAAUUUGUCUGUUUUAUAUAGACUUUUGAUUAUUUAAACAUGUUUCUACUAAAAAUAGUUUUUGAGGAAUUCUGUUAUAACAUUCUCAUUUCUUUAAUGUUUAAUUUGAAAAGUGGAUUUUGGUUGAAAUCGAUAUUAACUAGUUACAUGCAUAAAUAUGGAAUAAACUUGGGUUUGAGAAAAUAUUUAAAUUCAGUUGAUAUUUUAUAUAGAACAAGAUUAGCAGAAUGUUCAAGAUUCAUUUAUUAUACUGGGCAGUGUAAAUAAGAGGAAAGUAGGAAUAAAACAACUUCUAGUAUAUGUGAACAAAACUCAUUUUGAAGCAGUAUUUCAAAUAAGUUGAAAAGUUACUAUGUUUCAUUAUCCUCAUACAUUGACGCUUUAGUCGAGGUUUUGAACAAAGCGAAGGCUUCACGUUCAAAUCACAGGCUUCUCCCAUUGGUCUUUAUCCCUAAGCAAGACCCUUCUGUCUUUUUGAAGCAGUUGUUGCAGCUGUAAAUCAGAACCAGCAGAUUGCUGGGUAGUUGGGGUUAAACAUACUGGUAACUGGUUUUAUUAAAUCUUAUAGUAUUGCACAAAAUCUCCACAAAGCUUUCAUUAAUUGUUUCAUAUUGUGUUUGUAAAUAAAGUUGACCUUUAUCUCUUCCAUGAAGCUGACAGAGAUUAUUGGUUUUGUCACCAGACACUUCUGAGUGGUGUAAGGACUGUCAUAUCCAUCCCGUAUAUGCAUUUUUGUACCCCCCCCCCCCCCCGACAACAAAGUUGUAAGAGGGGGUAUACUGGUUUCAGGUUGUCUGUCUGUCCGUCUGUCUGUCUGUCCGUAGACGCAAUCUUGUGCGCACCAUCUCUCCUUAUCCCCUUGACAGAAUUUAAUGAAACUUCACACAAGUGAUCAGUACCAACAGUAGUUGUGCAUGGGGCAUGUUAGGUUCUUUUAGGAAAAUUUUUUGCAGAGUUAUGGGACUUUGUUUUUUUGUUACUAUACUUUAUACAUAGACACAGUCUUGUGCGCACCAUCUCCCCUCAUCCCCUUGACACAAUUUAAUGAAACUUCACACAAGUGAUCAGUACCAACAGUAGUUGUGCAUGGGGCAUGUUAGGUUCUUUUAGAAAAAAAUUUUGCAGAGUUAUGGGACUUUGUUUUUUUGUUACUAUACUAUAUACAUAGGACACAAUCUUGUGCGCACCAUCUCUCCUUAUCCCCUUGACAGAAUUUAAUGAAGCUUCACACAAGUGAUCAGUAACAACAGUAGUUGUGCAUGGGGCAUGUUCCGUUCUUUCAGAAAAAAAAUUUGCAUAGUUAUGGGACUUUGUUUUUUUGUUACUAUACUAUAUACAUAGACACAAUCUUGUGCACACCAUCUCUCCUCAUCCCCGUGACACAAUUUAAUGAAACUUCACACAAGUGAUCAGUAACAACAGUAGUUGUGCACGGGGCAUGUUAGGUUCUUUCAGCGACAAAAAUUGCAGAGUUAUGGGACUUGGUUUCUUGUUAACAUACUAUGUACAUACAGUCUGCAUAUGCAAUCUUGUGUGUGCCUAAUCUACCAAACCCUUGUACACAAUUUAAUGAAACUUCACACAAGUCAUCAGUACCAACCCUAGUUGUGCAUGGUGCAUGUUACAUUCUUUUAGAUAAAUAUUCUGCAUAGUUAUGGGACUUUGUUUUUUGUUACUAUACUGUAUACAUACAGUCUAUAUAUAUACUGUCCACAUAAUUAUGCAAUCUUGUGUGCGUCAAAUUGCAAUGUACUGUGUCAGUGCAUGCGGGGGGGGGGGGGGUACAUUCAUCACCUUUAGUGAUAGCUCUAGUUAGUUUUGUUUAUAAAGUUUACAGCUACAGAAGAAAUGACAUAAUAUAUACACAGGUGCAUAUAAUGAAUAAUCUCAAUACAUCCAAAGAAUGCAUUGAAUGUGUGUAAAAAUAAUGUCCUAUGGGAAGGUGUAAUUUAUUUUUACAAGAGUAUGGUUAGUUAGUGCCAUGAAUGCAACAGAUUUGGAGAAGUUGAGAUUUCAAAAUGCAUAAUUGUCUACUCUUGUAUUUAGAAAAGCAUUGUAGUAAAUGAAUACUGUUGCUGAAUGUUAUAUUAGAUUUGUUUGCUUUACAUAAACUUGCAUGUUUUUAACUUCAGAAGAAGGUUUUACAAGUCUAUUUAGAAUGUAUAUAGUAAAAUUAUGUUGAAAUUUCUUUGCUUGGCCUUUACUAGUAUCUAUUUCUUGCAUGAUUUUUACAUGGUAAUAUAUUAAAGCUGUGGUGUUCUUUAUUAUGAUUUUAUACACAGUAUUUAUCUUAAAUGUGAAAUAGAAUGGAUUCCCAUAACUUGAAUAUUUGAUACAAUUAUUCCUUAACAGAGCUUUUUCAUUAAUUUGGUGUAUGAUUGUUAAGGAAUUGGAUGGGUUGUUAUAGGAAUUUCUUGAAUUGUAAAACUAUUUUACAUUGUAGUUUUGAAUUAAUCACCAAAUUUGAUAUUUACUGGAUAUUACCUGUUGUAAAGGUCAACCAUUAUUGACCACAAAAGUUAAGAAGAUUGAAAAUUCUUUUGUAAGCUCAGACACAUUAAAGGGACUAGACAUUUGUACAGGGAUUCCUCCUCCCCUCCCCACAUGCACACACAUGGAAAAUAUACCUUUCCAUUACACAAAAAUGACUCCAGAUAUCAUAAUGGUCCUAUUUAUAGAGAUCUUUAGAAAGACUCCCACAUUUUUUCCAUGCAGAAAUUUAUGGAAACAAUCUGUCACAAAAAUAGACUUCGGUAGGCAUUAUAAAUUAUGUUUUUAUGGUAACAUAUCCUUAAAUUAACUUUCGUAUUUGUGCAGAAAAAAGGUUGUUAUGUGGUUUAUAUUCUUAAUAUAAAAUUCACGCUUUGUGAAACUAAAUUUACGAUUUCUGUUGAUAAAAUUGUAGAAUAUUGACUUUUGCUUAAGUUUUUCAUUGCUUCUGAUUUAGAGGAUAUGUAUGUAAAAGUCUAGCUGUUGGUAGAAGUGAAUAUUUAUUCAUGUAUAUUGGAUAAAUUAUUUAUAAGUGUACUUUUUUGCUUGAUUGUUCUUUUUACCAUAGAAUGAUGUACACAUAUAUUCAUGAGUCAACACAGACGAUGAUGUUUCAUUCUUUAAUGAAUAUUGAUAUUAUAAUGAAUAUUACUAUUAUUGUUAAAUAAUGAUAUGCUAUUUAUUAUUAUGAAAAUCCAUUUGAGAUGAAAACCAGAUAUAACCAGACUUAGUUGUAAAUACCGGUAGUUGUUUCAUAAUUUCCUUCUCUUGAAGCAGCACACAUCUGCAGUUAUUUCUAGCAUUUGGAAAAAUAAUGAGAUGUGGUAAAAUAAAAAGUGAAUGAUUUGAUGAAUUUAAAUGAAACAUUUAGAUUUAAAGAUUACGUACAUAUAUGUAUUCUCCUAAAUUUGUUGUAAAACCUUUUACCAUGUUAGUUGCAGUGUACAAUUUUGGUGUAAAAUGAAAAGAUUCUCCUAUUUCUUUAAAAGGUACAUGCAAAGUAUCACAUGCUAUAUUUGUCUAUGAUUAUAUAGAAAUUUCUGAGUUGAUUUUUUCAAAGACAUCUGCAUGUGAAGAGGAGCUUCAUUAAGGAAGUCCACCCAUUAUGACAGCUGGCAAUGUAUAUAUGUAACUGAAAUGUCAAGUAUUAAUGGCUAAGAAUGCCAAAAUUGAAUACAAGAUUACAUAAUCACACUAAAAGUCCUGAUUUUCAUGAGCAUAUUAAACUUUAUAUUACGUUAUUUGCAAGUUUGAUGACAGUUUAGUCUCGCCAAAGCAGAGUCACUGUGAUUGGUUUUUGACCAGUUUACUUAUAUAUAUAGUUUUUCUUUGUAACAUCUGUUCAUAUUUAUGCAGUGUGGUUACGAUAAAUUGUCAGAUUUUCAUUCAUUUAGCCUUGUAACUCAAAUUUCAUGAUUUUUUUAUUGAUAUGGUUUUGCAUGUAUAUAUAUAUAAAGAAAAUUGUGUAAUUAUUAUACAAUUGCCACUGAGUUGCCACUUAAUAUGUUAGUUAGAAUUGUUCCAUUUGUAUUGUCUCUUGUUACAUCCAGGUUACAAUUUUGUUAUUAUUCAUAUAGGUCUUUCAUAUUUAUUAAGUUUUUCUUCAGUGAUAUUAGUGUGAGAUUUUUAUCUAGUGCCAGUAACUCUUUUGAGAGGUAACUGGUAAGUAAGAUGCAAAUGUUCUGUUACAAUAAACAUUUGUAACAAUUUUAGGAAACAGAACCAUCAGUUUUUCCUUACCUUGAUUUAUUCUACUUACAUCUGUUUUACCCAAACGUCUGAUAAGAGUCCACAGUUCUGAUCCAAGCUAAUUCAAAUUGCAGAUUAAAUUAUCCGCAUUUUCUCGUUAGAUUUAAUGUUAUGUAAUUGUAAUCACAUAUAAAUGAAAUGAACCGUUGUGAGUAAAAUGCUGCUUAAAUUUAAACCUCUAUUGUUGUGGAGCCCGCCCGCUUAGCUCAGUAGGUAAGAGCGUUGGUCUACGGAUCGUGGGGUCGUGAGUUCGAUCCUCGGGCGGGGUGUAUGAUCUCCUUGACUAUUUGAUAAACGACAUUGUGUCUGAAAUCAUUAGUUCUCCACCUCUGAUUCAUGUGGGGAAGUUGGCAGUUACUUGCGGAGAACAGGUUUGUACUGGUACAGAAUCCAGGAACACUGGUUAGGUUAACUGCCCGCCGUUACAUGACUGAAAUACUGUUGAAAAACGGCGUUAAACCCAAAACAAACAAACAAAUCUAUUAUUGUGGGUUAUGUGCCUGAAGUCAUUGGGAAAAAAAAACAACAUUAAAUGAUGGACUGAUAAAUUACAACAUACUGUAAAACCAUUUAAUUUCUUGGGUCUGAAAUUUUGUGGUUUUGGUAAAAACGGCAAUUUCAUAUGGAUAUGAAUUCGUGGAUUUCAAGUUUUGAAUAUAAAAUGAAUGGGAAUUUUACUUGUUAGUUGGACUUAAAUUUUGUUGAUUGAUGCAACCACGAAAUCCACGAAAAUUAUUCCCACACGAAUAUUAAUGAUUUCAUAGUAUCAUGAAUGUUUGCAUUGUUUCUACACUAAUCUAAGAGGGUUAAGCUGUUGUGCAGUUAGUACCCAGGUUGAACCUGCUGUUAUUGCUGCUGUUUGUUUAUCAUCAUUCUGUUACAUAAAACAUUUUAUAUUUUGUAUGUUAUCAUUGUUUUGACAAUCUUCUUAGAGCUAAGAAGGUUGUACCUACUGUUGAACCUGUAUUAAGCAACCAGUUAAGGGAGUAAAAAUUUCUGACUGCUAAAGACAGAUGGUUUCUCAAGAAAAAAUUAUAUAUUAGAACAAAAUGUUAAUACCGGGAGUAAGCUAACUGGCUUAUAGCGAAAGUGGCUGCUUAAUACAGGUAGCUGAUUGUAUUGUACUAACAGUAACCUGGUUGCCUCUGCUGUGAUUGUGAUGAUAAAUGUAAAGUUAUGAUAUAUAAAAGGUGUGUAAGCAUUGAUUUGAAUUUUCACAGUAUUUAGACCACUGUUAAGGUGGUAUACAUGUAUCUUUGUCAUACUGAUCUGGUCAUCCGUUUUUGCAUAAUUAUAUCAACUGUAUUCUCAUUUUUACAUUUUUUUGCAACUUUGCUAUAAAAUUAUGUGCUAAACAAAAUAAAAAGGUAUGAUUCUG